AUGCAAAAUGAAAAUAAUUUAAAUGGGAAAAAAAAUACGACGACAAAAUUAAAUAAAGAAAAAUUGUCUUCUUAUCGUGGUAAAAAUUGUACGAAUACAUCAUUUUUAAAAACCGGAAGUAAAGAAAAUUUAACGGAAACUGUGAAAAAUGGUAAACAAAUUCUCGUUCCUACCGUUGAAAAUAAAAAAAUUCAUUUGAAAAAUAUCGAAAAUGACGAUGAGAAAAAAAAAAAACCGUUAAUUAAGAAAAAAAAUCGUUUGAUUGUCGAAUCUGUAACUGCUCGACUUUACGAUGUUAAAAAAAAGGAAAAUUUUGAAUCCAUGACGUCAGAGUCAUCAAAAUCAUCUGAAAGUAGUAAUAGUAGUAAAGAAAUUGAAAUGAAUAAAGAUGAUGAAACGAAAAAAGAAAUGGAAAUUAAUAAUAAGAUUCGAGAAUUUUCUGAUAAUUUUACACAAACGACACAAGCAGAAGAAAAUUAUUUGACACCAGAAAAAUCACCUGUUGAGUUUUUAGAUUCCGAAGAAGAAUUUUUUUCAGAUGAUAGUUUAAAUAAAAAAGUCGUUGGAAAAGAAUUAAUAAAUAAAUUAUUCGAAUAUGAUACAUCUCAUACAAAUAAUAAUAAUUUAUCAUUAACCGGAAAUUCAAAUCGGAAACCUGGAGAAAAUUCUUUUUUCAUUUUUAAAGAUGGCGCGCGUAACGAAAAUCAAUUUCAAACUUUAUUUUCCAUAUCGAAUGAAAAAAAUUCAAACUCAUUUGUUAAAAAGAGUGAUAAAAAUGAUAAUAAAUCGUUAAAAUCGUUAAAAAAUUUUCACCAUCUUUAUUCUAUAAAAGAAAAUGAUGAUCAUUAUUUGAACGUUGAACAAUGUCCAAAUGAUUCAAAUUUAAAUGAAACAUUAAAAGAAAAUAAAAUAAAAUGGCUGAACAUAAAUCCAAAUAUGGGAAAAAAAUAUUUAAAAGUUAAUAUAUUCGAUUCUAACAAACGACAAACGUCUCCCCUAAUAGAAAAUUCAUUCGAGGAAAAAAUAAAAAAAAAUGAAAGCACGGAAACCAUAUUUAAAUCUGAGGAUAGCAUAACAGGAAAUAAUUCUGUUAAAGAAAAUUAUACUCAAACAAAUGAUAAUUUUCAAAAGUUGAGACGCGUUCGAUUUUCAAAAAAAGAAUUUAAAAACUUUGAUGAUGAUGACGUAGAUAAUAACGAAUUUAAAAACUAUGAUGAUGACGUAGACAAUAACGAAUUUUUGAAUUUUUUUAACGAAUCUUAUUAUUUAAUAAAAUUAUCUGCCCAACAAGAUAAAAUUCGUUUAAAAACCGUUAACGAUAUGAUAGCAGAAAUGAAAUCUUUAAGAAAAUAUUCAAAUAAUUUACAAGAAAGGGGGGAAAAAGAAAAAUUAUCGUUUGGAAUUAAUGAAGAGUUCCCCCGGGUAAAAAGAUUUCAAAUUAACGAUUGUGUUAAAAAAUGCAAAUGUGAAAAAUUUAAUAAAAUCUCUUGUUCUUGUUUAUGGCCAAAAGAAUUUAAUUCGACAUUUGAACUCAAUACUUUUGGACCGGGUAGUAAUCAUUGUUAUCAAUUUUGUAUAUUUUGUAGAAAAAAAGAUGAGGAAUUAUAUUGUUCUACUCCAUCAUUAAAUACCAUUAAAUUAUUAUGGACAUUGUCCUUGUUCGAUAGUUAA